GCAACGGCCCGUUUCCCCGGCGCAGCCCUUGCCUUCCCGUGCCCCUCAGUCGGGGAGCUGUGCUGCGCCCGCUUCCAGCCCGAACGCUCCUGGGAGAUUUGCGGUGUUGGUGCGGGGGCCCGUGCUGAGCUGCGCCUCUGGGCUCUGCCUGAGCCCUCUGUCUCACGACCGCUGUGGCUCCCUGAGCUUGGCACCCCGAACACAGCUUACACGUCACGCUGCUCUGAGACGCGCAGCGGGCAGCCUGGUCUCUUCCAUGCAGCUACCAGUCACGGAGAGUUUGGGGCAGGAGAGAGCCAAAGCUCAGCGCGGGGAAGGGCGCUGCGGGAGGACGUUUGGCUGUGGCCUUGUACCUGACCCUCCUAACCUUACCCUGUGCUGGGGAAGAACGGCAGCGUGAAGAGGGGAGACAGAGAGCUUGGGAGCACACGGGGCAAAGAACUGUGCCCUAACAAUCUGUUUGCCAUACUUGGAGUGUUCAUGUGCCUAAAACCAGUGGACAUAGAGCUUAAUUAAAAAAAAUUGUCAAAGGAUGUUUCUGUAAAACAUUCUUCGCAGGUCUCUCCUCUCAAAAAUUUAACACAGUUGGGUAAAUUUGGAGCUAACUGAUGAUACCAGUUGGAAGAAACACAUUCUUCAGCCUGGGUAGAAAUACAAACUUAAUGAAAUCUGAAACAAUGAGAUAAAUUUCACAAAGGCUAUGAACAUGUCAGUUACUUGUAGUUUUCUGUUUGUUUCCUAGAGAAAAAACACAAAACGAGUUCCAAGCUUUCGCAAGUUACUGAGAACUAGUAAAAUAAAACUUGACAACAAACUAAAGAAUAAACAGUACAAGCAGCAGAGUGCUGCUAAGAAGUAUCGAAAAGAACAAAAGAAGCUAAGGGAGGCUGUCAGAGAUGCUAUCUCCAGAAAACCUUUUCCGUUGGAAGAAUGCAAGAAGAAACAAGUUGGUGAAAAACGGGAAGAAGAGGAAGAAGAUGCUCUUCCAUUGGACAUGAUGGAUGAAGAUGACUUAAAAUUAAUGGAAGAUUUGGCUCAAAAAGCAUCCUUUUUAACCAGAGAUCUUUCUUCUAAUGAACCUGUUCACGUCAAAAAACGAAAGCAUGAAAGUGUGAUUGACAAAUACGAGAAGGUGCCAAGACGUAUGCAGACUGAGCCAGAAAAAGAACUCAUCCAUCUGCUCCCCAUCAAAGACAAAAGUGGCAUUAUUCCCCAAACUAUGGAAAAGCCAGUUCUCAGUGUUGCACAGGAUGAAGAGGAGGAUAUGGAAGAAAUGGAGGAAGCAGAGGACUUUAAUGAAGAACCCCUGCCUGUUCUCACUCCUGAGGAAAUGGCUGCUCAAAGGAGACAAAAGCUGCAGGAAAGGAAGAUGCACAUAGCUGCCUUAGCAUCGGCUAUUCUCUCUGAGCCAGACAACAACAUUAAAAAGUUGAAGGAGCUGCGUGCCAUGCUGAUGGAACAGGACCCUAAUGUGGCUGUGAUUGUUCGGAAGCUGGUCAUGGUUUCUUUGAUGGAGAUAUUCAAAGAUAUUGCACCUUCUUACAAAAUUCGGCCUCUGACUGAAGCAGAAAAGGCUACUAAGGUUAAAAAAGAAACUCAGAAACUGAGAGAAUUUGAAGAAGGCCUUGUGAGCCAGUAUAAAUUUUACUUGGAAAAUCUGGAACAAACAAUUAAAGAUUGGAAACAACGGAAGUUGAAGAAAAGCAAUGUCAUCUCAUUAAAAGCAUAUAAAGGCCUAGCAGAGAUUGCAGUGAAGUGUCUGUGUGAGCUGCUUGUGGCCCUACCCCACUUUAACUUCCACAACAACAUUAUUGUUCUUAUUGUUCCACUCAUGAAUGAUGCAUCAAAAAUGAUUUCUGAACUGUGCUUUGAGGCAGUUAAGAAGCUCUUUAAACAAGACAAGUUGGGCUAUGCUUCACUCGGUGUAGUUAAGGUCAUUUCUGGCCUUGUAAGGGGUAGAAAUUACGAUGUCAGACCUGAGGUGUUAAAAGUAUUUCUUCAUUUAAGAAUUAAGGAAGUAGAAUUACAAAAAGAUUCUGAAGACAUUGCACCAAAGAAAAAGUUCAUGACUUACAAAGAGAAAAGAAAAAAUCUUUCAAGAAUGCAAAGAAAGUGGAAGAAAGCAGAAGAGAAACUGGAACGAGAACUCUUGGAAGCAGAAGCGUCGGAAAGUAAAGAAAAAAAACUGAAGCUGCACACAGAGACCUUGAAUAUUGUAUUUGUAACUUACUUUAGAAUCUUGAAGAAAGCUCAGAAGUCUCCACUUCUGCCAGCUGUGCUAGAAGGUCUUGCAAAGUUUGCUCAUCUCAUAAAUGUGGAAUUUUUUGACGACCUGUUGAUUGUCCUUCAUUCUCUUAUUGCAUCUGGGGGCUUAAGCUAUCGUGAGAGUCUUCAUUGCAUUCUCAGUGCUUUUCAUAUACUCUCUGGUCAAGGUGAUGUCCUUAACAUUGAUCCAAUGAAAUUCUACACUCAUCUUUACAAGACACUGUUCAGCCUACAUGCAGGUGGUACCAAUGAUGAUAUAGGCAUUGUGCUCCACUGCCUGGACGUCAUGUUUGCCAAGCGGAGAAAGCAAGUUUCCCAGCAACGAGCUCUUGCUUUCCUAAAGCGACUUUCCACUCUUGCUCUUCAUGUACUUCCAAACUCCAGUGUUGGGAUCUUGGCAACAAACAGGGUAUUAAUGCAAACAUUCCCGAAGAUGUUAUUCUUACUAGACAACGAAUCUCAAGGCAGUGGAGUUUAUCUCCCAGAACUAGAUGAACCAGAGCAUUGCAAUGCUCAGAACACAGCUCUCUGGGAGCUGCAUUUACUGCAGAGACACUAUCAUCCCACAGUGCAGAAAUUUGCAGCUCACCUUAUUGCUGGAGCUCCAGCUGAAGAAAAAAUUUCCCUUGAUUUGAGCCAAAGGCCUGCUACAGAACUUUUCGAGGCAUACUGUAUGAGAGGGAUGACCUUUAAUCCUCCUGUUGCUUCAGUAACAUCCAGAAGAAAGGAUACAUUCUCACAAAUGGAUUCAUUUCUAGAUGAAGAGCUAAACAAACAGCUUCAACAGCACAUCAGUGAAACUGUUGUUCACAAACCCUUGGAUUUUGCUAAACACUUGAAGGAAUCGUCCUUGUUGUAAAUGUAUCUAUCAGUCAGUCAUGUUCAGUUGGCUGCUUAAUUAUGGAGAAAGAAUGGCUGAAAGAAAUUUCCACUCAUCAUUAAAGGAAUUCAAGUAGGCUUUUGAAUACAGAAACACACAAAAAAAAGUAACAGCAGUUUGUCACACAGAGUUACAAGGCCUCUCCGCUUAACCACCGAGUCCAUGUUCUCAGGGCUUGGGAACUACAAUGCAGUCACAUCAGUAAUUUAAAAAGAUACAAACCCAGGUAAUUUUAAAAUGGUUUGCAACCAUGCA